UUACAGUUCACGCAAAAGGUUAACUAGAAACUAGAUGGUGUAAAGAGAAGUAACGCCACAGUUUUGUUUAAUCUAGUUUGGGUAUUUCAUUGUUAUUCCUACGAGGACGUGGUUGCCCCAGACAGUGAGGGCUGCACCGAGCAGCAGCAGCAGCAGCAGCAGCAGCAGCAGCAGCUUGAAUGAAGUAGACGGGAGGAAGUGGCGGUUAAUGCAGCUCCACACCUUUCCGGUGUAGCAGCACUGCGACCAGCUCGACUUAAAGGAGAAAGGCGAGAGCUGGGUGUAUUUAUCGAGACAGGAGGGGGAGAAAGGAGGGGGACAAGAAGUGGAGUUUAAUGAGUGGAUACAUGUGCUGCUGAGUCACCGAGGGUUUUUUUUUUUAAUUUCGAAGACGUCCCGCCCAGCACGGUGAAGUUACCCGGCGCGACGCUUGAUGGACUAGCCGCAGAAAGCUGAUUUUUCUCCUCCGGUAGCCGUGAAGAGAACAAGGGCGCACCCGAUGAGGAGGACCGCCAGGCACAGACACCAGGAGGAAUUUAUAAGUACCGCGGCUUUUUCUGGGGCCUUGUGAGCACACCGUGUGUCGGCUCUCUGCAGCUUUUUAAUCACCACGGCCUGUCUCUUGUCGCGCAGUUUCACGUUGAUUUGGGCAACAGAAUGAACGUCCUGCAACAGCUGCUGCUGCCAAGUUCUUAGUGUUAACUGUGCCAUGUUGUGUACAGGCCCCGCAAACACUGUGAUACUCUGAACAGCACUUCACAGGACGCACAGACUCUCGAGUAAAAAAAAGAAAAAAAAAAGUCGCCAAGUACUGUGUUAGGUUUUAACAUGAGUGUGCAUUUUUGACUUUUUUUCACCCUCCCCUCUUCAUAUGCUCUUCACCGAGUCAUGUGUUCACAAGUAAGCCCAUGAACUGAAGCUAUAAUCGCAGCGAAUAAUCAUCAGCACUGUAUAUCGGACAUUAUUUUUUUUUCUCUGUAGGAACUAAGUAUUUAUGCAUAAGAGCUCAAGAUGGGGAAAAUGCUCUCAAAGAUAUUCGGCAACAAGGAGAUGAGAAUAUUAAUGCUCGGACUUGACGCUGCUGGAAAGACAACAAUCCUUUACAAACUCAAACUCGGACAGUCUGUCACCACGAUCCCCACAGUCGGCUUCAAUGUGGAGACUGUCACCUACAAAAACGUCAAGUUCAACGUGUGGGAUGUUGGAGGCCAAGAUAAGAUUCGCCCUCUGUGGCGACACUACUACACGGGCACCCAGGGGUUAAUUUUCGUGGUGGAUUGCGCGGACAGGGAUCGCAUCGACGAGGCGAGGCAGGAACUUCACCGCAUCAUCAAUGACCGGGAGAUGAGGGAUGCCAUCAUCUUGAUAUUCGCCAAUAAGCAAGACCUUCCGGACGCCAUGAAGCCGCAUGAGAUCCAGGAGAAGCUCGGAUUGACCCGCAUCAGAGAUAGGAAUUGGUAUGUUCAGCCCUCCUGUGCGACCACAGGUGAUGGACUGUAUGAGGGCUUGACAUGGCUAACCUCGAAUUACAAAUCUUAAUGAUUGAGUGCAGACUGUUUUAGGUCGAAACUAUAAUAACGUUGCAAGUAACAAAAUAACUUCUCAAAAUGAGUAUGGUUAAGGAAAAAAAAGUUGAUUAUCUCCCGUUUAUUUUUAAUACUACGUUUACCCCAUGACUAAUUUAUCUUAAACUGGGUUUGCUGGCUUCAAGUUUUGCUUGUACUCUGUAGCAGGCCUAUAUCACAUUCAUUAUUUUGGGGCUUGCUUGAUGAAUAUUGAGUUAAUUGGGCCUAAUGCUAAAGCCACAGAGAACACCGUCUUUGCCUAUUCUGUUCCCUGUUUUAUAUUAUUUUUCUAAUGAAGCUGAAGUUUGUAUCCUCAUUCUUGGACUUAAGCUUGUUUCAAGGUUCUUCGGUCUCUGUUGCAUUGGAUUUUUUUUUCUUCUAAGGUGAGAUCUUUACUUUCAUGUAGCCAACAGUGAAGGACUAUGGCAUUGUUUAAACACAGUACUGUGAUGAAAAGUAUUUCUUCUCAAUGGUAUUGACUGAAAAUAUUCACCAUUGCUUACAUUUCAUUGUCAUCAGAAAAAAACAGACAUGUUUUGUUACCCUCCCAAUUCCCUUAUGUGGGCCAUAUAGUUUACUGAUUGACCUUUUGUGUCGCGUCUUGAUACCUAAUUGUGCUGAAUAUUCAACAAAUAGGCCUCCAGUAACACUUUAAAAACAUGCUUGUCAGGAUGCAUCUUUAAUUUUGGGUAACACGUAGUCAGUCGACUCAAUCUUUCCAAAGGAAUGUCAUUCAGCUCUGAACUCUCUCAAUCUGAUACCACAGUUGAUUAGUCUCAGUAUUGGGACAUUAUAUGAUAGCCUAUAUCUGUAGCAUGAGUACGAAAGUACUGUAACCCUACAUCAGAGUCCAUCUGUCGUGCAGUCAGAGGGAGCUGUGUACCUGGUGAAAUGUUGAAGACACCCUGUGGUGCAGCUCUUACUCCUCUUUUGACUGGGGGAACCAUGUACAGAACAAUGUCAUUGUAAUGUCUUAUUAAAAAAGUGAUUUUAAAUCUGU